AUGGAUUCACCGAUAAUUGCAGAGGACAAUCACGCGGGAAACAACAACCACGAGACAGCCGCAGUCAGCCCCAAUCCGUUGAAAUGUCCUCCAACAUCCCAACAUCAGCUGUCGCUGGAGAUGAACUACCCGCCUGUACCUUUGAAUCAGCUUUCGCCGGAGCGGCUGAAUCAACCGCGCAUGGCUCAAUCUCCGUCCUUGCACAGUUAUCUCGGUGAAAACGAUCGGCCACGCACCCGCGAUUCCAUGACAUCGGAUGUCCAAUCCAAGGUUGCAUUUCUGAAUACUUUAGCAGGGUAUGCCAGUGUGCAGUCAUCACCGACAAGAACAGGCAGGGGCGUCGGUAGGCCUGGGUUGAGCGGAAGGGCAAACUCCGCUACAGACGGUAUUAAUAACAAUACUGCUCUGCAACAGGCAGUCAUGGGAUAUGAAGAGGCGCAAGCCAGUCUGGCCACACUGACAGCGGAGUUGGAACGAGCAAAGGAAGAAAUGGCAGCGCGAAAGAAGAGGGAAAGAAUACUGUCGCAGCGUGUGGAGGAUCUGCUCGGGGAGUUGCAGGCAGAAAAGGAGAAAAGGGCUCGGGAUCAGGAGUCGUACUCGAAGGAAAUCAAACGGUGUCGCAAGGAAGCUUACCGAGCAGAACUAGCUGUUGUUGAAUCGAGACAAGAUCUACAGGAAGUCAGGGCCGAACUUAAACGGUGCCAGGCGGAAGUGCAGCAUGAGAAGGCGGAGAAGGAGAAGAGUCGCCAGGAGAGUUUUGAAAGAGCCUAUGCCCUUGCCGGGACCGUCGGGGAGAUGGAACAGCUUAAGGAUCUCUUGAAGGUUGUCGAGAGGGAGAGGGAUGCUGCGCUGUUCGAAGCCAAAGCAAAUGCAGUGGACAAACCCGCCGUGCUGGGCAAUCCCGGGGCAACAGAAUCAGAAGUUGUGCAAAGGGACGAAAUGCGGUCGUGGUCUGUGGCACAGGAGACUGAGAUCGAAGAUCUGGGAAUCUUAGAGGGUGGUAGACGCUUUCGCCCGUUUGCACCCACCUUUCCAACCUUUGAAUCGAUCAUGUUCGAACUGGACCUUUACGAUAAAAAGAUCAGCGGGCAGGCCCUGACGCCGGAAGAAGAGAUUCAAUAUCUCAAACAAGAACUAAAAAGCGCACGGAGACAGCAUGCAGAAGAUGCAGACUUGAUUCACUUCAUGCAUAUUCAAUGUCAGUUUAAGGCAUGCCCAUGUCGACUGGCAGAGGCAAAUGGAGAACGUUUUAUCCAUGACCAUGAAUAUGAAGCGAGGAUGCAGCAGAAGAGAUCAUCAAAGAAGCGGAAAAUUUCAAAGGAACCGUCGAGCACAUCACCGACAUUACCAGGGCCUACCAAGGAAGAGACUGAGCAGUUGGCAACCCAUGAAGAUGCGUAUGGCCAGGAUACGCCCAAAGCAAAGCCUGAGGAGCGAGAUUUUGUCAAGCUACCUCCUGCCCCGACCCCUGAAUUUCUGUCUAGAGCUACAGAAGAGCCAUUACUGCUCGAAGAAGCCAGUGAGAUUCCUCUUCCUAUACCUCAGCCUGAAGAAUUGGAUGCGAAUGACGAUACACCUGAGCUCACGGCUCAAUUGGAAGAAAUCACGCAAGUUCUGGUGGAACCUGGAACAACGUCGAAGCCAUUCUCCUUUUCGGCAUCCACAACAAGCAAUCCCGCGCAUAGAGCUACAGCUCCACCUGUUAGACACAUGGACAGGUCAUCAGUAAAUUCGGAACGGGACCUGUUUGAUCUCUCCCCGCCAAAGCAACCACCUCCACGACGCCCCUCAACUGCUAUGGGCAUAUUGACAGUUGACUCGCCAAUUCGUUUAGUUCCAGACUCACCACGCUCUGUCCGAGCUUCCCGUCGCAGGACGAAUCGCUCGACAACGCCAGUGUAUGAUGGUGAUGGUGAUCAGAAUCUAACUCGAUCAACGACCACGACCACGACCACGACAAUAGCCCUGAAAGAUGGUUCUUCUCGACCUGGGCUGCACCGACGAGCACAGUCUCGACCGAAUCUGACAAGCCAAUCACCAUUGGCGUCAUCAGUCAUGUCUCACAUUGAUGAUCGGGCCGAGUUUACCAAGGAAACAUCGGCUUCUCCGGCACCUAAUACACUGUUUCCUGUGACACCAUUGCACAAGCAUUCAAGAUCAAUGCACACUUUAACACAUCACCACCUGCCACAGUCACAAAGUCGGCCUGAGAGUCAGACUCGAAACUGGAGUCCGCCGCAGACCAUAGCGACCACAACGACGACGACGAGAGUUCCGUUGAGAGGAUUCGAGGAUGCAGAUGAGACAUUCAGCCCCGAUCGCGAUCACCCUCAACACAGUAGUAGAUACAGACACGGUCAGGAGCAUGCCCACACCGAGGUAUUGAAUGUGGACAUGGACAGGAACACGAUGACCAGGAAUUCCCAGGUCCACGAAACGGACUUGACAAACGUGAUGCGCCCGCUGCAGACCUCUUCCACUUCUAUCCUUGGUAAUAUCCCCGGCACACCUAUCUCCCGAGAAGCAGCUCUAGCCCAGAUCCGGGCGCGAAGAGAUCGGGCACGAAGCAUCAACUUGAAGAAAUCUACGGAUGGCAGUGGCAAUAUGGUCAAAGGUGCAGCCAACAGUCCGACGAAGCCGAAGCCAGUGAACGGUGGUCUAGCUCUGGGUGGCUUGUUUGCGAGAGACAAGGAGAAUGCGUACGGGAAAAGAGAAAUCAGCCAGGCGAGCGCACCGGGACGGUUUGCUUAUUGA